AUGAACGCCAUAGUGGAGACGGGAUUUUGGUCAAACGACAGCCGUGGAGCCCGAGUUCAGCUUAUGUUUCCGGCUAUUUAUAAGUUGUCCUGCGCCAUGAAUAACUGUACGUUCAUUAUCUCGAGUUGGACUCAUGACAAAGCGACGAUUGACUACUGGGCCACGUAUCCUACUGUGAAUUUGAAGAAUAUGGCCCGGAACGACGAAUGGGAAGUGCUCGGAUUCGAGUUCGAAACGGUCGAGCAAACCUUUAAAUGUUGUGUUAACCCAUGGGUGCUGCUCUACGCACAUUUGGUGAUCCGACGGAAGCCACUAUACUACGUUAUUAAUCUUGUGAUUCCGACGUCUAUCAUCACCGUUGUGGCUAUCACUGGUUUCUUCACACCCACAUCGAGCUCCAGUGAACGUGACGAGAAAUUGUAUCUCGGUAUCAACACUCUUCUCACGAUGUCGAUUAUGAUGUUGAUGGUAUGUAAUCAGAUGCCGUCAACCUCGUCAUAUGUACCCUUAAUGAGCUGGUAUUAUCUGGGAAUUAUCAUUGUUAUCGUGCUCGGAACUCUCAUGGCUACAAUAGUUUUAGCGAUCCACGGUCAGAAGCGCCAUAAUCGUCCACUAUCGCGAUGGGCUCGUAACUUGGUGCUCAAUCGUUUCGUCGACACGUUUAUUCUGAAGCCGCCAUGCGCUCUCGUUGACUUAUGGAGCGAAUUUGGUAUUAUUGAAGAGCGUCGUCUGUCGAUGUCGAAGCUUGAUCCGCUUCUUUUGCAGCAGCUCGAUCCAGUUUCGUUCUUCUUCAAUAUACUCGAGUCGAAACGAGUGAACAGUCAAAUUUUCGAGUCACAAUUGAAGAAAUGGUCAUAUGAACAGAUAAGGAAAAGUAUGCUUUCACCAGAUUGGCUACACACACUAACGCGUGCG